AUGCAAGCAGUCGUACCACCGCCAGAGCGGAUGCCGGUGAAUUUUUAUCGUGCCAUCUCCAAUAUCCGCAUCGGCGUCUGCGAACCCCUGCACACGCGCCGCUUCUGUCUCUUCGAGAAGCAUGCUUCCAAAGCCCGCCAACAGAAUGUAAUCAACUUCUCCACCUUCUUGAGGCCCGGGUCGCAGUCAUCGCGUUUUGAGAAUUGGGAUUUUGUCACUUUGCUUUCGUUCUCUCUUUUGCUCCGGGGCGCGUCUAAUAUCAUGGCGUCCUCAGUCUCUUGGAACUCGACCGUCGUGUUCCCCAACCACACCGACUCACAACAGAGCUACCUCGGCGUCCUCGACGACGUCAACAAGUACAAUGUCCAGCUCAACAUCGCCGAGCGCCUCUGGGCCGCCUGGUACCUGUGGAUGCAGAACGACAUCCUCGCCACCGGCAUCAUGACCUUCGUCAUGCACGAGACCGUCUACUUCGGCCGCAGCCUCCCCUGGAUCAUCAUCGACGCCAUCCCCUACUUCCGCAGAUGGAAAAUUCAAGAUCAAAAAAUCCCCACCUGGAAAGAACAGUUCGAGUGCGGCGCCCUCGUCCUCUUCAGCCACUUCACCGUCGAGCUCCCCCAGAUCUGGCUCUUCCACCCCAUCGCCACCUGGUGCGGCCUCGACUACGGCGUGCCCUUCCCGCCCCUGUACAAGAUGGCCUACCAGAUCGCCAUCUUCUUCGUCCUCGAGGACACCUGGCACUACUGGAUGCACCGCGGCGCCCACUGGCCGCCCCUCUACAAGGCCGUCCACAAGAUGCACCACUACUACUCCGCCCCCUUCGGCAUGACCGCCGAGUACGCCUCCCCGAUCGAGGUCAUGUUCCUCGGCCUCGGCACCGUGGGGUCCCCGAUCCUGUGGGUCUUCAUCACCAAGGACCUGCAUUUGUUCACCAUGUACAUGUGGAUCGUGCUGCGGCUGUUCCAGGCGAUCGAUUCGCACUCCGGGUACGACUUCCCGUGGUCGCUGCGGCACUUCCUCCCCUUCUGGGCCGGCGCCGAGCAUCAUGACGUCCACCAUGAGAAGUUUAUCGGGAACUAUGCGUCUAGCUUCAGGUGGUGGGAUUAUAUCAUGGACACGGAGGCCGGUGCCGAGGCUCACCAGCGCAGGCGCGAGGCGAAGCUGGCCAAGGCGAAGAAGGCGCAGUGA